AUGAACACGCAAGGCAAUUUCUCGUCACAGAGUUCGCCAACGACACACUUGCUCGUCAGCGCCAUUUCGAGCAUUCCUGCCUCUUCUCUUCCUCGCUUGCAGGUCGAAUUGACCCGAGCUUCAGGCUCCCGAGCUCCAUCCGCAUUCAAGCAAACAGAAAUCAUCUGCACUAGGUCAGACGAUCAGGCCAGGAAGGAAGUAGAGGAGGAAGAUGGGCGGUGGGGCCAGACCAGGAGGGCUCGAAAAGAGGUCAAACUCAGAGUGCUUUGCGAGCAGGGCAAUGUGUGAGGUGACCAGCGACUGGUCCAGCGCGAGCACCACAAAAUCACGAGCGGGCUGACCACAUCCCCUGAUCAAAUGAAGCACCUUGAUGCUGCCUUCGCCCGCGCCUCCUGUGCGCAAGCCGCAGGCAGCUGGCCAGACAGAGAGCGCUGCUACCGUUCGUCCCAUCGUGGUGUUAGACAUGCUCUUGCCAACAUCAGAGGAGAACGAUUACGAUGAUGACAGCGCUAGCGAGGAUGGCUUCUCUGAGGCGAGCGACGAUCGUCGUCAGAGCGAAGCGGACUGGAAAACUGCCAUCAGUUGCUUGGGCUGGAGGUGAGUGGGACUCUGUUCGGGGCAACAAAACUUCGAUGCGGCCUGCUUAGUUCCGUGCAUUGAACACAGCCCUGAAAGGGAAAUCAGGCGGACGGGAAUCCGAUUUCUGCUGCGAGAACAGCCCCUCUGGUCCGGCUGGGGCGCCAGUUUCGAAGUUCUUGUGUAUCGUGUGAGUGAGCGUUAUUAGACUGCCGCAGCAGCCGUAUCGAGCUGCCCUCCAGAGAGCAAUGACAUUUAAUUUAUACCUUUGCGCUCCAAGACACAGGCUGGCAGUCCUGAUAUUGCACCCCUAUCGGAUGACGUGUCCUCUUACAGCAUCUCGGCGCGCAUCGUACACCCUCUUCUCGCAGACUCGAGGGCCACUGGGAGCGAUGGUCAAGCUGGCGCUGAUUCAGCUACGCGCGAGCUCGACAAACUGCAAGAGCGUCUGAAAGGCAUUUGCAGCUUCGAGAGAGACACGGACUCUGGGUAA